CUGUGCUUUCGCACCACUGGGUAUGAUAGACUUGUUGUAAUAACUGGAAGAGCUUCGCUAUGCAUCUCUGGACCUGACAGUGCCUGAACGUAGUGAGCUCCGCAUCGAUGACUUCACGGUUCACACCUCUUCACCGUCUGCAUUAGGCCUGGUACGAAUACUGAGUAGUACCCACAGGCUGUCAGUGGUGUCAGUGACCUACCCCCGUAUCUCCGACCGAAGAAUCCGAGAGAGUGCUGCUUGGGCACCUUGCAUUUACUCGUUCACCAUGUCGCAAGUUUUGUUCCAUGCGGUUGCUCGACCUUCGAUUAUCUUAAGAUCGAGCCGGUUCCUUGCUACAGUUGCUCCUAGCAGUGCAACAAGACACGACUGGACCCGCAAUGAAAUUCAAAAGAUCUACGACAGCUCUUUAAUGGAUCUCGUCUACCAGGCCAGCACGGUGCAUCGCCAACACCAUGACCCAAGCAAGAUCCAGCUCUGCACGUUGAUGAAUAUCAAGACUGGGGGUUGCUCUGAGGAUUGCUCUUACUGCUCGCAGUCAUCGCGGUAUUCCACUCCGACCACGGCAUCUCCCCUCCUCGAAGUCGGUCCCGUUCUCGAGGCAGCUCGGAAGGCUAGGGCAAAUGGCAGCACGCGGUUUUGCAUGGGUGCCGCAUGGAGGGAUGUAGGAGGUCGCAAGCGGGGUUUUGAACGGAUUUUAGAAAUGGUUCGGGAGGUCCGGGCGAUGGGCAUGGAAGUGUGUACAACGUUAGGGAUGCUAACACCUGAUCAAGCGCGACAACUUAAAGAAGCCGGUUUGACAGCAUACAACCACAAUCUAGACACAUCGCGGGAGUUCUAUCCGCAGGUCAUCUCAACGCGUUCUUACGAUGAUCGCCUCGGAACCAUCCAAGCCGUACGUGACGCCGGAAUCAGCGUCUGUUCCGGUGGUAUUCUUGGUCUCGGAGAAUCGGAUCGUGAUAGGGUGGGGCUCAUUUAUGAGGUAGCACGCAUGCCUGAACACCCAGAAUCGUUCCCUGUGAACGCGUUGGUGCCGAUACCAGGAACUCCGCUGGAAGGGAACGAGAGAGUUCCACAUGACACGCUUGUCCGCACAAUCGCCACUGCUCGCAUCGUUCUUCCUGAGACAAUUAUCAGAUUGGCUGCAGGUAGAAAUACGCUGUCCGAAGCAGAGCAGAUGAUGUGCUUCAUGGCUGGUGCCAAUGCCGUUUUUACUGGAGAGCAGAUGUUGACGACACCGUGUUCUCCUUGGGAUGUGGACAAAACGAUGAUGGAUAAGUGGGGACUCAAGGGUAUGGAAAGUUUUGAACAGAAGAGUGUUGCACGGAAAGAGGGUGCUACCCUCCGCGACGGCGGGGUAUCCGGUGAUACGCACUGUGAUGCGAUCAGACCAUAGACUAUGGUGGUCGCGAGGAGUGGCUAAGCCACUUCGGCGUUCUGUGUGAGUCGCGAGGUUGGAACGGUCUGUGUAGUCAAUAAAUUACAGUGAGUUGUACUGUACUCGAACAUAGAGCAAGGCACGUCAGGAGUCGGGCUUUGCCGCGCAA